AUGGAGCGACUAGAUAUUGCAAUCAUUGGAGCAGGAUGGUAUGGUCUUGCCAUGGGAAAGACAUACUUGGAAGCCAGUCCAGAUGCUAACAUGGUAAUCUUCGAUGGGGCAGCAUCCAUUGGAGGAACUUGGGCAAAAGAGAGACUCUAUCCGGGCCUCAAAACAAACAAUCUUCUCGGGAAGUACGAGUUCUCAGAUUUUCCCAUGACCCCUGAGCGGUUUGACGCGGCAUCACUCAUGAUGAGGCAUGAUGCUCCACAUGCAACAGGGAUUAAUGGCUGGAGUAGAAGCUUCCUCUAUGAAGGAAAGAGUCUGCUCAGCGAUGAUCCCAGUGUCAAAAGCAAGCGUCUAAGCACCACCAGCAUUGGGAACAAGCCUGAGGGUCGGUAUGGCUAUGCUGGGUAUGCUGUUCUUGCAGGGUGUAUGACGUCGAUACCCAAGUUCUCGGAGCUCCAUUGGAAUAUGGAAGACAUGCUCGGCUAUUCAUCGACACAGAAUAUUCGUUCUGGAGUUGCUGAAAGGACAUACUAUAAGUAUGAUCGAUCUGGUAAUCGAGUACGCAAGGUCACUGAGUCUGCGGCUAAAAUUGGUGAAGAUCCACGGAAUCUGAAGGACACGCUAUUCCUUGAAAGCAUCGAGCUACAAACUCAAAUUGAUGGGCCUGACAAUUGGAUUGCAAAUGUCAUUGGAAUUGAGGUCCUAGCUAUGAUUGAAACCAGUAAUCAUCGGCUCCAGCCUCUGGUGCGAUUCCAGACAGGAACAGAUAUGGAACUUGAUGGUGAAGGUCUGGUUGUAUCAUAUGAAGAAUACUCAACUUUCGGCAAUGCGUUAUACUCCUUCAUGUACGGCCAGGUGGAGGCUCCCAGAAAAUAUCGAUUCGCAGGAUACGAACACGAUCGCGAGACCGGACUAUACCAUUGCGGCCUGAGAUACUAUUGCCUAUGGAUCGCUUGCUGGACAUCGCCCGAUCCUCUUGGUGAAAUCGAUGGUCCAAACCUUUAUGAAUACUGCAAGAGUGAUCCUAUCAACUUCGUUGUCGAUACAGGGAUGUCGAAAAUAUUGAAAAGUGCUUGGGGCUAUUGCCGUAAUCACUUAAGCCUUGCACAGAUAGCCUCUUUCCAGUAUCGAAGCCGCAAAAGUCCCCAGGAAAAGAAAGAGACCUCAAAUCGUGAUUCUGAACAAGUACGUUUGUUUUCUCACUUCUACAACUCUGGGUAUAGAACAGCGCAGCAAAAUAUGAAAUCUGCGGCAAAGAAAAAAGAGGACAGGGGAGACCAGCACCAUGUAUACCCGCAGUCCUAUCGACAUUUACACCUAGCAGCCGAUAUCGAUCCUGAUGCCUUUACGAUCCGUAUGGUGAGGAGCCUUCACCAAGUAAUUGGGACAGCUCAUGAUCGCUUGUGGUCGCCGUACUACGCCAAGGUACUGGGUUUGGAGGAGAAAAUUAAAAACAAAGCAAAUUUACGUCAGUUCGAGGCAGAUCUCAGAGACCCAGACUCAGACCACGCCAAGAAACUCACUGAGAUAUUCCAGAAGGAUCCAGAGCAUUAG